AUGACAUUGCAACCACUAUUAUUCGAUGAGUCCUUAAAGAAAAUAGAAUUUUUAUUUAACUGGACCGGUUUAUCGCUAGAAAGCGGGAAAAGAACGCCCAUAGACACAUUAAAAUGUAGAGCAAUUUUUAUUUUUAAUUUCAUUUGGCUGAACAGCGAUAUAUUUGGCGCCAUUUCAUGGUUCGCAGACGGUAUUGAAAAUGGAAAGAGUUUUACGGAAUUGACAUAUCUGUUUCCUUGUACAACGCUCAGUUUUCUGGCCAGUAUGAAAUCUAUAAUACAUAUAAGAAAAGAAAAUAUGGUCAAUGAGCUUAUAGACGAUAUGAGGAGUUUAGAAACACAGAAACUACGUGAAAAAACAAACGGUUCUGUUCUUGAAAUGGCUAAGAAGGAAAUAAGAUUCUUGAAUAUAGUGCUAAAUGUAUUGAAUACGUUUAAUGUAAUGAUGGUGGUGGUAUUUACAGUUGUACCAUUGAUUUUAAUAGCUAUUCAUUAUUUGAGAACAAGCGAGGUACAGUUAAUGUUGCCUUUUUUAAACGUUUAUCCGUUUGACCCUUACGAUAUUCGAUUUUGGCCUUUUGUCUAUACAAAACAAAUAUGGUCAGAAUGCAUAGUACUUCUCGAGAUAUGUGCAACAGAUUAUUUCUUUUACACUUGCUGUACGCACCUUCGGAUACAGUUCCAACUGUUACAUGAAGCUAUUGUGAGUAUUAUACCAUCCGCGGGUAUCUCGGCGAAAGUGUCCUACGACGAAGAAAUGCGCAGCUCAUUUGUGGAGUUUAUUAAAUGGCAUCAAAAGUUGAUCAAAUCUGCGGACGUGCUGGAGGUCAUUUACACAAGGUCCACUCUGUUAAACUUCGUUAUAAGCUCUGUGGUUAUCUGUUUGACGGGAUUCAAUGUGACGACCAAUACAGACUUGGCAUUUGUCGUGUUAUUUCUAACGUUCCUCUUCAUGGGUUUACUUCAAGCGUAUUUCUUGUGUUUCUUCGGUGAUCUACUAAUGAGAUCGAGUUUGGAAAUAAACGAGGCAAUUUACAAUUGCCGCUGGUAUUUGGCGGAGUCCACGUUUGGGAAUGAUUUGCAUAUAGUACAAAUGCGUUCGCAAAAACCUUGCAAGUUGACUGCCGCCGGCUUCGCAGACGUAAACCUCAGGGCGUUUAUGAGGGUGUUGAGCAGUUCGUGGUCUUAUUUCGCGCUUCUCAGAACACUUUACAGUACACACGACACGCAAUAAAAAUUAAAAAAAAAAAAUAGAUAUUGUAAAAACAGAUAGGGAUAAUAUAAAUAUUACGGAACAUAUACACACAGAGACAUAUUUAAGGAGAGGGGAGUGGAAUCUCCAUGCCCACCCCAGAAUUAACUGGUGCCUACACUAGAAUAUGAGUGAAAAAGACAGCUUUUUUUUAUACAACUUAGAAUGGCAAACAAGCUGACGGCCCAUGGCAACGCAUGGGGCGUUGCCAUUCCUGAGGACUCGGGUGUUAUUCCUCUGUACCCAGUAAAUUCACGCCAUAUCCCACCCUUCAAACCGAAACACAGCCAUGCAAACACAACUGCUUCACGGUUGAAACACGAAUGGGACAGAGGUACCCAAGCAAUCGACUUUUGUACAAAGUCUCUCUCUGGUAAUUCACAAAGACAUUUAUUCAUUUAUUUAGAAUUUAGAAGUAGAAGUUUGGCUUAUGGUGAUGUUUCAAGAGGCUGUUGCCCAUCCCUCGACCAUUAAGUUCCCUUAGUCACCGCUUACGACACCCACGGGAAAGGAAGAGGUGGCCUAUGCCGAGAACACGACAAGCUCUCCACAACUCAAAUAGGCUCUCGACAGUCUGCUGUCGGAGGAUUCUUGGAUACUUCGGUCAUGUCGCUCGACGACAGUCCGACAAUCUGGACAAACUAAUGGUUGUGGGCAAGAUAGAGGGAAAAACACCACGCGGACGAUCGCCUAAUCGAUGGUCGGACCAAGAAACCGUCGUUACGGGACUGUCAAUUGCAGCUGCCCUAUGAGAAGCUGAAGACCGUACAAAAUGGAAUAACAUCAUAAGAGAGGCAACGGACACCUUUCAAGGACACGAGUUUCAGUAAUGAAGAGGACGAAGAGAAAGAGAGAGAGAUAAUAAUUAUAUAACUCAAGUCAUAUUAUAGUACAAAUUUAUGUAUAAAUAUAAUUAAUUAACUAUAAAUCUUAUGUGUUUAA